CUUGGACAGGUGUCCGGCUCCGCGGUAACGACGCUGCGGCGGCCAUCUUGGUUCUGGGCACUGCCGUUUCCGAGCGGACGGGAGGCGGCUGUGGUUCUGAGAACGAGGCGACUGACGGGGCCUACUGAAGGCGUAAGCGGCCAUCUUGGGUUCGGGCAGGAUGUUGACCCGUGAGUCUGGGCGCUGUGCUAGGCGAGGGCAAGCUUAGCUUGGCUUUGGGCGGCCAUCUUGUAUUCUGGCGGAAGUAUUCCCCCUCCCCCCAUCUGGUGCCCUCCCUCAGUUAGAGGCAAUGAGCGGUUUCCUCAGGCGAUUCCCUCUUCCCAGCCCAGCCAGUGGUCUGUGUGCGUGGAGGGCAGCGGAACCUGCGCCGAGGGGUUCGUGUGGCCUCGAAGAGCCGCGGGGCUACCUUCAUCACCUCUGAAUUAGGAACAGUGCUUUGACAGUGUCGCAUUCACACUGACUUGACUUCACCACAAGAUGUCACUCUGAAACACUGAAGUUAAAGGGGCUGGAUCUGUCUCCACUACAUAUGAGAGUUGGAUUAUUUAUUUAUGAAGGAAAAAUAUUUCUGACUGAAGGAUUUAUCAGUUCCUCAAACAAUGCUGACAGAGCUGAAGAAGAGCAGAUAGUGGAAUUGAGACAUGUAAUGGAGGGUUUUUUAAAGCACAGGAUUCAGAAACCUCCUUACUGGGGAGAUGACUGCAUUUUCUCUGCAAUAACAGAGUGCAGCAUCCAGGAACUAGCACAUGAAAAAUCUAGCGUUCCAUGUGCCACUGCUGUUGAAAAGACAUGCCGCACCCGACCACCCAGAGUGAGGCGCACAUCUUCUCUAGAUACCAUAGUUGGGUCAUACCUUGUGGGACAGUGGCCACGGGAUGCUGAUGGAGCCUUUCCUUCCUGCAUGAAUGACAAAGCUACCCAGACUCCAGUGUCCUGGCAUGAAGUGGAAGUGGGGAAAGCCAGCUCCAGUACUCAUAAGCGUUCUGCAUCUUGGGGUAGCACAGAUCACCGCAGAGAGAUUGCUAAACUGAAGCAGCAACUCCAGCGAACUAAGCUAAAUGGCAGAAAUGGCAAAGAGAAAGAGCGGAGCUCCCCACUGCAGGGAGAUCAUGCUGUCCUUGGAUCAGUCAGGGACUCUCCCUCUGGAUUCCUGCCUGCCUCUCGUGCUUUGAGGCUCAGCCCCUGCUUACAUAGGAGCCUUGAAGGCUUAAACCAGGAGCUGGAGGAGGUGUUUGUGAAGGAACAAGGAGAGGAAGAGCUGCUGAGGAUCUUGGAAGUUCCAGAUGGCCAUAGAGCCCCUGCCCCUCCCCAGAGAGGUGAUGGAGACUUCUCUCUGACUCUGGAGCCCAGCAGUAGCAGCUGCAGCAGCCUUUCUCUUUCCCCCUCCCCUUCUGUGCCCAUCCGACCUUCUCUACACACCCCUGCAAGAGUGGCUUCAGAAGAGCUUACUUCUGCAGUGGAAGAGCGACUGGUGGGCAGGAGUGCAUCUUCUCAAAGUCUUCCUUCCCUCUUAGAGGAUGGCAGCCCUUCACCAGUCCUGGCCUUUGCCUCAUCUCCUCGACCCAACCACAGCUACAUGUUUAAGCGGGAGCCACCUGAGGGAUGUGAGAAAGUCCGGGCUUUUGAAGAAGCCUUGUCCCCCAGUCCCAAUCAGAACUUUCUGCCCUCCUGUCCAGAUAAGAACAAAGUCCACUUCAACCCAACAGGCUCUGCCUUUUGCCCAGUCAGUCUGGUGAAGCCUCUCUUUCCAAACAUGGGUUUUCUGUUCAGAGGUUUCCCAGCUACUUCCAGUCCUGUGCCACAAGGUAUGUUUCUUGGGUCACGGAAGGAUUCUGCAGCAGAUGGCUUUAGCGAGGCCUCUAAAUCGCCUCCCCUGAACUUUGAACACUGGAAGCGCAAUCAGACAGAAGAGAAUGUCCUCUUUCACAGCUCCCUCAUGGUCUGAAGCCUUUGGAAGACCUGGCACAACAAAGCAUCUUUAGCUCCUCAAUGCAUCUUAACCUGUGGAGACUAGUGCCUUGAAGUUGGAACUUUUGAAGGCUAAAGGGGCAGCCCUGGGAUGGAAAAACCACCGCAGGUGUUCUUGCUGCAAUGGUGAAGACUGUAAAGUACAAUGUGCCACAGGACUCUUCACCACUGGGUGGCUCAUUUCUUGGAGCCCCCAAUACUCAAGCACUUUCAUUUCCUGUGUUGAAAGUAAUUGUAUCCUCUGUUUUGCUGUCAAAGCACAGCUGGAGCUCUGCUGCUGUGAACAGAAUGGAAACUUGAGCUACCUGGCUCUGCCAAUGAGGGUCCUUGCUGAAGGGAUUUAGAUGGCGCUUCCUAGCACUUUUCACCCUCUACAGCUGUCACCGGGACUCUUUGCCAAGGGGAGGGAGGUCUGCAGACUGGCUGCUUCUGGGGGAGACUGGAAGAGCUGGGCUUAAGCUGUCUCCAGCUGUCUGAAUGUAUCUGCACCCUCUAGAAGAUGACUUGAGCCACUUACAGCCCCCAUGCUUUGAGAGGGGUUUAGAAGUAAUGAAUUAUAGAUGGCCACUAGUGGCACUGUCUGACCCCUUGAAACAACCACACGGCUUUCAGGAGCAUCUUGGAAAGCUGUGCUUCUACAGGGGUAGAGAAUGCAGAUGAACAGAUAGAUACCUGCCACUGCACCUUCAGGGUCCUGUAUAUGCAGAAGACCUGCACCCUGGAAAGCUUAUUACAUGAUGGAGGGUGAACAAAGAGGGAUUUGCUGCAUGGUUUCCUUGUGGGUAGGUGAGGGCCUCCACCUUGUUUCAGGGAAGGGGUGAUGGAAACCAAAAUCAGAGCAGCAUGCAAAUAUCUCCACUCUUGGAAGGUUGCUGCUAGUAGAGAUGUUACAAUGCUGCUUUCCAGAUGAAUGCCCUGGACAAUCUGACUGAUUCUGAUUUUUGGAGGGAGGGGUGGGUGGGCCAGCUGGAGUUCAGAACAGUUUUUGUUUCACUGCAGAAAAACGUGCACAGGUAUAAGAUUAUUGUAACUGCACCUGGGCAGGAGUCUGAGAUCCAGCAAUGCUUAUCCCAGCACAAAGCCUUACAAGGUGAAACUAACAUGGGGAACUUGGAUUGCAAUGCCUCUAGAAAACAAAAGUAUUUUGAUUUGUGUUCUGUUGCUAAGGCUCUGGGUUGUAUUGAAGAAGCCUAUUUUCUUGUAUCUGAUGUAGAAACUCUAUUUUCUUCCAAAGACACUAUUUUUGCAGCUGUUUGAAGUUUGUAUUUUAUGUAUGUAUUGCAGAGCUUAAAAGAGGAAUGUUAGCCUUGGAGUUCUUCUUGUCUCUUGUUAGAGGGUUUUUUGUUUUUGUUGUUUUAUUUUCUUUUUGCAGAUCCUGGUAUUGCCAGUGAGAAAAUAAAUAUUCCAGGCAUCCAGAA